UCACGUUAAGAUAAUUGACAAUAAUUUUAUCAGAAAUAAGGGUAACAUAACAGAAAUGUUCUGUAUCUAUUCAAUGAAUGCUCUCAUAUUACUGGCAUUACAGGUCGGAUGGUUAUGAUGGACAAUUAUAGCCAGGAAUAGGGAACGGAUUAUUGAAUUAGCUCGAUAAAUAGGUUAUAAUAAUUGCCCUCAAACCAGAGCACCUGAUUCCUUUCAGUAAUGAUUAAGCAAUUAUACGUUAUGCGAGCAACUUAUUGAAUAUUAAUGUCGCGCGUUGUUCUCAUAACAUAUAAAAUGGGGUUUAUCUGAAAUUUCUCCACAUUCAGUACUACAACGACCUAAGAGAGGCAUCUCAAGAAGAAAAUAUGUACAUCAUCAAGUCUUCCUCUUUGGCCGUCCUAGCGACUCUAGUUACGAUGUGCUGUGGUCACAUCGGCGGCAGCCAAUUUGCGCUUCAGGAUGUCAGUCCUCAAGUCUACUGUGGUAGAACCCUCGCCAGAGUCCUAGCCAUGUUGUGUUAUGAUGAAGUUUCGAAUGAAAAAAGAUCCGAAUCUGGAACUAUGUUCAAUUCUCUUCUAACACCUUAUAACAAAGAUCAGGAGAACCAACUGGGCUGGCCGUGGAUUCCACCCCAAAAAGCCAGGAGCAUGGGUAUGUCUCGAGGGAAGCGUUUCGUGGUUAGCGAAUGCUGCGAUAAAGCCUGCAGCAUCAGCGAAUUAAUGUCCUACUGUUAGAGACGAACACCUGGAAAUACGGCGAUGGAAUUGUUUGUUAAAUGUUUUCUUUCCUGGAGUCUAUUUAUAGCACACGUUCAGUAUAUUUUCAUGAAUUGUUCUAGUCUUUAGUCAUUCUCAUUGAUUGUUUAGCAUUUAACAUUACAUUGUUGUUAGAUAUAUUGUUUUAUUGCCUGUUCUUAACAGAGUUUUAAG